AUGGAUGACAGGGAAGACACCAGUAUGACUGCAUCAGUCAACUCCGGUAGCAAUACGGAUAUUGUUAGUGCAGAGGUGUACCAAGGAGACAUAUCGACUGAAGACCAGCGCAAGAUUAUGAAUCUUGCCAGACGGCUCACGGCAGACUCGACACGGUUUCGGCAGGAUGGUAUGCCGCCCAACCCUUUCACGACACACUGUGAUCCGAGUUUGGACCCCAAUUCUCCGAAGUUCAAUGCGAGUCACUGGGCGAGGACUGUACUUCACUUGUCCUCGCAAGAUCCUGAUCGGUUCCCACAGCGUACGGCGGGUGUGUCAUUCCGGAACCUCAGUGUCCAUGGCUAUGGCCGCUCAACAGCCUAUCAGAAGGAUUUCUUGAACGAUAUCUUGCAGUUGGGUGAUCUGGUUGGCGGCUUGAUCAACCGCAGAGACCAUAAACUGCAGAUAUUGAAAAAUCAUGACGGGCUCUUGCGCAGCGGAGAAAUGCUCCUUGUCCUGGGUAGGCCUGGCAGUGGUGUAUCAACUCUAUUGAAGACCAUCGCCGGUCAGACUAAAGGACUGUUCUUGGACGAUUCAGCGGAAUUUAACUAUCAAGGGAUUGAAUGGGAUUUGAUGCACCAAAAGUUCCGAGGGGACGUGACGUAUCAGGCAGAAACAGACGUCCAUUUCCCACAUUUGACAGUUGGGCAGACCCUCCAGUAUGCGGCCCUGGCGAGAACACCUCACAAUAGGCUGCCCGGAGUCUCUCGCGAAACUUAUGCAACUCAUCUGCGCGAUGUGGUUAUGGCGGUCUUUGGAAUUUCCCAUACAGUCAAUACUAAGGUUGGCGACGACUUUAUUCGCGGCGUCAGUGGCGGAGAGAGAAAGCGAGUCAGCAUUGCAGAAUUGGCUCUCACACAAAGUUGUAUACAGUGCUGGGACAACAGUACUCGUGGCUUGGAUAGUGCUACGGCUCUCGAAUUUGUACGGACCGUGAGACUCUCAGUCGAUGUGGCGGGUACCGCGGCUGUUGUGGCAUUAUAUCAGGCAUCGCAACAAUCAUAUGACGUCUUUGAUAAAGUUGCACUGUUAUACGAGGGCCGGCAAAUAUAUUUUGGUCCAGUUGACCAAGCGAAGUCGUACUUCACAGAGCUUGGUUACCAGUGUCCUGAACGACAAACCACGGCAGACUUUCUCACGUCGCUCACAAAUCCUGUCGAGAGAGUAGUCCGGCCUGGCUUCGAAGCCCGAGUUCCCCGGACCCCCAGUGAAUUUGCACAGUGUUGGGAACAGAGUGCCCUGAGAGCUAAACUUCUAGGAGAAAUAUCGAGCUUCGAGAAAGACCAUCCGAUUGGGGGACCCAUGUUGCAGAAAUUUGAAAACUCCCGGAAUGCCGAAAGGUCUCCUUUGAUGACGAAAAAAUCUCCCUACACAAUUUCUGUGUUGCAACAGAUAGCUUUGUGUAUGCGACGGGGCUACCACAGGAUUCUUGGGGAUCCUUCUUUCUUUAUCGUAACGGUUUUUGGCAACUUUUUUCUCUCUCUUAUACUUGGUAGUGUGUUCUACCAUCUUUCGGACACUUCCGCCAGCUUCACAGAUCGAUGUAUUCUCCUGUUCUUUGCUUUGCUCUUUAACGCACUCAACAGUGCUUUAGAGAUAUUGGCAUUGUAUGCCCAGCGACCGAUCGUCGAGAAGCAUGCGUCUUACGCCUUUUACCAUCCGAUGUCAGAAGCGAUGGCCUCCAUGAUAUGCGAUCUACCGUGCAAAAUCCUCUCUACGCUGUCCUUCAAUUUGCCGUUAUACUACAUGUCGAACUUGCGGCGGGAGUCGGGUCAUGUGCUCAUAUAUCUACUAUUCGCGUUCAUGUCGACCUUGACUAUGUCCAUGAUAUUCCGUACCAUUGCUCAACUGACCCGUACAAUUGCACAGGCUCUCACUCCCAUUGCGCUUGGUGUUAUUGGGCUAGUUGUAUACACCGGUUUUGUGCUGCCUACCCGGAACAUGCAAGUCUGGCUGCGUUGGCUCAACUACAUCAACCCGAUCGCAUACUCCUACGAAACUCUUGUGGCGAACGAGUUUCAUGAUCGCGAAUUCGAAUGUGCAAGCUUUGUCCCUUCUGGUCCGGGUUAUGAGAAUAUUCCAGCUACAGAUCGAACCUGCUCUGUGGCAGGCGCUACUUCUGCCUCGAGCGUGGUCAGCGGAGACGCAUAUGUAGAGGCAAACUAUGGGUACUAUUAUUCUCAUACCUGGAGAAAUUUCGGCAUUCUUAUCGCUUUCAUUCUGUUCUUCAUGACUACAUACCUCUUCAUUUCCGAAUUUGUGAAGUUCAGCUAUUCCAAAGGCGAAGUGUUGGUAUUCCAGCGUAAGCAUAGGGUAGCCCGUGUUAACGGGGAACAUGCCCAUGACGAAGAGAGCAGUGCCGAAAAAGCAGCGCCGGCAAGCCAUUCUUGCGUUGACAGCCAUGAAGGCCGUCAAGAAGACCAGUCUCUCAAGUUCCGCUUUGAAUCCAAUACCUUGCACUGGAGAGAUGUUUGCUACGAUGUUCCGAUCAAGGGCGAAAUGAGACGAAUUGCAGAUCACAUCGAUGGCUGGGUAACCCCAGGCACUCUGACUGCGUUGAUGGGCGCUUCAGGGGCUGGAAAAACAACACUCCUGGAUCUUCUAGCAAGCAGGGUGAAAACAGGCGUUGUAUCCGGCAACAUUUGCGUCAACGGAACCCCGCGAGAUGCGUCCUUUCAGCGCAGGGUAGGCUACGUUCAGCAGCAAGAUGUCCAUCUGGAAACCAGCACUAUUCGGGAAGCACUUCAGUUUAGUGCUCUCCUCCGCCAGCCUGCCUCUAUCAGUAAAGCUGAAAAGCUGCAAUAUGUGGAAGAGGUGAUUGAUUUGCUCGAAAUGAGACCGUACGCUGACGCUGUCGUUGGUGUUCCUGGAGAAGGUCUGAAUGUAGAACAGAGGAAAAGAUUGACUAUUGGCGUUGAACUAGCUGCAAAGCCUGAUUUACUACUCUUUCUCGAUGAGCCAACGUCGGGGCUGGACAGCCAGACGGCAUGGUCUAUCUCUCUGCUACUCCGGAAGUUGUCGAACCAUGGUCAGGCCAUCUUGUGCACCAUCCACCAGCCCUCGGCUAUUCUUUUCCAGCAAUUCGAUCGGCUUCUUCUACUAGCUAGAGGUGGCCGUACAGUAUACUUUGGGCCAAUUGGGUCUAACUCACAGAACCUUAUUGGCUACUUUGAGCGAUAUGGGGCAAGGGCCUGUGCGGAAGAGGAGAAUCCGGCGGAAUGGAUGUUGGAAGUCAUCGGUGCUGCCCCCGGGAGUACUUCGGUGCGUGACUGGCCGGUCACAUGGAAAGAGAGCCGUGAAUUCCAAGAAACGCGAAAGGAGCUUGAACGGCUUGAGCAGUCCGGCUCUCCUGGCCUGAAAGAAGGGGCUGCGCAAGUCCAGCAAUAUGCGGCCCCGUUUCACAUCCAGCUGGGUCUUUGUACAAAGCGGGUUUUCGAACAGUACUGGCGCUCUCCGUCAUACAUCUAUGCUAAGCUGAUACUCUGCUUCGGAGCGGCCCUGUUUAUUGGACUUUCAUUUCUGAAUACGGAAGUUACGGUCCUAGGUCUUCAGCACCAGACUUUUGCGAUAUUCAUGCUCCUUGUUAUUUUCGCAUUCCUUGCUUACCAGACCAUGCCUAAUUUUAUCAAGCAACGCGACUUGUACGAGGUCCGUGAGAGGCCAGCCAAGACAUAUGCUUGGUCUGCGUUCAUGUUGGCCAACAUCAUAGUUGACAUCCCCUGGAACUCUCUUGCGGCAGUGCUGAUCUAUCUUCCAUUCUACUACAUCAUUGGGAUGUAUCAUAACGCCGAGGAAACUCAUGCGGUGAAUGAAAGGAGCGGACUCAUGUUUCUUCUGGUGUGGUCUUUCAUGAUGCACUGUGGUACAUUCACGAUCAUGGUGGUUGCUAGCGUCGCAACUGCUGAGGUCGGUGCAACACUAGCUCUGCUACUGUUCUCUAUGUGUUUAAUAUUUUGCGGUGUCAUGGCCAGUCCGGCCAGUCUUCCAGGAUUCUGGAUCUUCAUGUAUCGAGUAUCCCCGAUGACGUAUCUCGUUGGCGGCAUGCUUUCGGCCGGGUUAGCGAAUACUGCAGUUCACUGCUCUGAUCUGGAAUUGGUAGUCGUUCAACCUCCAGCCAACGAGACUUGUGCCAGUUACCUCGCCGAUUACAUGAAAAUCGCUGGAGGUUCUGUUUACAAUCCCCAGGCAACCGCCAACUGUGAAUAUUGCGAGAUGACUGACUCGAAUAUUUAUCUCACAUUACUAUCCACUUCUUAUGCCGAUCGUUGGCGCAAUUUUGGACUUAUGUGGGCAUACAUCGCGUUCAAUGUGUUUGCUGCGCUCUUCUUGUAUUGGUUUGUGCGGGUCCGAGGCGGUUCAACCAGCUCAAUUUUUCGCCGGUUCGCCAAGAUAUUCUCUCGUUCUUCGCCAAAUACUUGA